GGGCGUGGUCUCGGAGCGCAUUGCUGCAGGCGGCUCGGCUCGGCUCGGCUCGGCUCGGCUCGGCUCGGCUCGAUUCUGACCCGACCCGACCCGACCCUGCCCCGGCUCGGCCCUGCCCGGCCCUUCCCGGCCAUGCUUUCCGCCCCAUGGCCCCUGUGGAGCUCGACGCGCUGGCCGUGCGGGAGCAGCUUUUCCAUGAACGUGUCCGCGAAUGCCUCAUCUGUGCCCUGCUCUUCGCCAGCCUCUACAUCCUCUGCCACUUCGUCAUAAGGCACUUCAAGAAGCAGACGGAUUUCGCAGCAGUGCACGAUGAUGAGGAUGCUGCUGUCAACAGGAUUGCGUUGGGGCUGUGCACCUUCACCCUGGCCGUGGCUUUGGGUGCUGUGCUGCUGCUCCCCUUCUCCAUCAUCAGCAACGAGGUGCUGCUCUCCUUCCCCCACAACUACUACAUCCAGUGGCUGAAUGGGUCCCUCAUCCACGGCCUCUGGAACUUGGUCUUCCUCUUCUCCAACCUGUCCCUCGUCUUCCUCAUGCCCUUUGCAUACUUCUUCACGGAGUCAGAGGGGUUUGCAGGAUCCAAGAAGGGCAUCAUGGCCCGCGUGUAUGAGACGUCGGUGGUGCUGCUGCUGCUGACACUGCUGGUGCUGGGCAUGGUCUGGGUGGCCUCUGCCAUCACUGGUAACGACGCUGUGAGCCGGCAGUCCCUCUAUGACCUCUGGGAGUGCUACCUGCCCUACCUCUACUCCUGCAUCUCGCUCUUCGGAGUGCUGCUCCUGCUGUUGUGCACCCCGUUUGGCCUCUCCACCAUGUUCACCGUCACCGGGAAGCUGCUGGUGAAGCCCCGGCUCCUGGAGGACCUGGAUGAGCAGCUGAGCUGCACGAGGUUUGAGGAGGCUGCUGUGUCCCGCAGGAUCACAUCUGGGAAGGCUUCCUGCUGGCUGAACCUGAACACGGCCCUGCUGCGGGAGCAGCUCCUCAGCAUCCGGAGCAAGAGGAAGAAGCUGGAGCUGCGGCACCGAGCAUCGCCCUGGCAGAGGAACGUGGGUUACCCGCUGGCCAUGCUGGGCCUCCUGGCACUGACGGGCAUCUCAGUGCUCAUCGUCUGCUUCCACGUCUUGGAGCUGCUGCUGGAUGACGCUGCGAUGCCGCGGGGCAUGCAGGACACGGCGCUGGGCCAGGUCUCCUUCUCCAUCCUCGGGUCCUUUGGAGCUGCGCUGCAGGUUGUCCUCAUCUUUUAUCUGAUGCUCUCCUCCGUCGUGGGCUUCUAUAGCUCCCCACUCUUCACACGGCUGCUCCCUGAGAGGCAGGACACCCCCCUAACCAAGAUCAUCGGGAACUGCGUCUCAUUGCUGGUGCUCAGCUCCGCGCUGCCCGUCUUCUCCAGGACACUGGGGAUCACUCGCUUCGACCUCCUGGGGGAUUUUGGCCGCUUUAAUUGGUUGGGAAACUUCUACAUCGUCUUCAUCUACAAUAUGGGCUUUGCGGCGCUCACCACCCUCUGCCUGGUGAAGAGGGUGACGUGGGCUGUGCAGGAGGAGCUCAUCCGUGCCUUCGGUCUGCACAAACUGCCGCUGCCUGUCCCCCGUUCCCGGCCCCAGGGAGGGCGCUGCUAAGGCUGUGGGGGUACCCCCCCCGCCUGGACCCCCCCCCAGGGUGCUUUGUGGAUAUUGGAGCCCCAUCAGAAGAGCUGGGACCAUAGGGGGGGGCCUCACUCCAUUCCCCCCCCAGCCCUAUCUCAGUCUGUUGUGCUACUGAGCCGUGUCCUCCUUACAGACCCCCAGGGGGGCUGUGCUGGCUGCAGCCCCCCCCACUCCUUUACAUCUUUACAUACCUCAUUUCCCCCCCCCCCCCCCCACAUUCCCCCCAGUGCUGCCCCCAUUUAUUUGGUUUUAAAUCCCCCCCCCUCCUCUGUGUUUCACUGGGACACUAAAGGGAAUCCCCUUUGCCCCCAUCAAUCUGUGUGACCCCAUCCUUGUGUUGUCCUUGGGGGGGGGGUUGGGGAGGGGGCGCGGGUUGUCCCCCCCUGUGCUGAGUGGUUCAGGUCUCUGUUACUGUGUUUGGAGCAAUAAACAAAGCUGCUUUUUUUAA